GCGAUCUUGGUGGCUAAAUUUCUUUGAGGACCAAACUGACAAUCCGCCCAAAUUUCAGAGAGGGACUGCGGGCCGGCCGAUAUUCAGAGAAGGGCUUCUUCCCUUCCCGUGCCGCUGCGGCCGAUAUACAGGGAGUGGCUCUCCGGCGGCAACCGGCUCGUAAGUUGAACCCAACCGAACCCAAUCGCCCCCUGUAGCUGUGGAAUCUGACAGACGCACAUGGAGGCCCCUAACGAAGAUGCUCCCGUUUUCCUCGAUCGCUCCUCUCGAGCCACGAGAGGAAAGAGGAUGACCAAGUUGCUCGAUGAGGAGAAUGAGCAAGAUGAGUUGUUCUGGAACCAGGAAGCUCUUAAAGAUGAAGAAAAUGAUGAUAAUUAUGAAGAAGAGCCCGAGAUUGCUGAUGAGUUUGACAGUGACUUCGAUGAAGAUGAGCCUGAGCCAGAUGAACAAGUUGCAGAUGAUGCUGAGGACAGAGUGCAGGUAAAGAAGAGAUUAAUAUUUCCAGGAAAGUCUGCCCAAAAGAACAAGAACAAGAACAAGAAGAAGAAGAAACAGAAAGUCCUUUCGAAACUACAAGAAACCUCCAAGGAGGAGAAUUCCCCCGAGCAGUCUCCUCAAACGGAGAAACAAGAUGUUCCGGAAGAUGUAGAAGUUGAAAGAACAGUGAGGAAAUCUACAAGAACUUCAGUCAUUGUCAGGCAAGCUGAGAGAGAUGCAAUACGUGCUGCUUUGCAAGCAACAGCAAAGCCAAUAAAAAGAAAGAAGGAAGGGGAGGAAAAGAGGAUGAGCCAAGAAGAGAUGCUCUUGGAAGCAGCCCAAACAGAGAUCAUGAACUUAAGAAAUUUAGAGCGUGUACUAGCAAGGGAGGAGGAGGUUAAGAAACGAGCAAUUGUGCAUAAAGCUGUAUACAGUGGUCCACAAAUACGAUAUAUAUCAAAAGAUGGUUGCUCAUUUUUACAAUUUAGCAAAGGCUUGUCUUUUCAGUCCGAGAUUCACACAACUCCUAGUCAAUAUCCUGAGAAGGCUAUAUGCGCAGUUACAGGAUUGCCAGCCAAGUACCGCGAUCCGAGAACUGGGUUGCCUUAUGCUAAUAAAGAAGCUUUCAAGAUCAUUCGUGAGCGCAGAUACUCAAAAGAGAGCAGUGGCAUCCCAAAGGAGAUGGACAUGGGGACAUUACAUGAUUCUCUGUCUGGGAAAGGAUUCUCAGAGAGGCGGAAGAGAUCGGAACCUGCAAAUAAAGGCGAAACAUCCUAUUUUCGAUACUUUGCUCGAUUCCGCAGAAUUCCUUCUCCGGCUGAUGAAUCAUCGGAGUAGCAAGACUGAUUUGAUUUUGUAGGGAGGGAGGGAGGGAGGGAGGGAGGGAGAAGACAGCAGGACCAGAAGGAGGAAAAGGAGGACGAAAAGGACGAUGAUUGAUAGGAUGCUUGAAAUAAGUUCAGCCGCCAAAGAUUGGAAUUGGAUGAUGAGUGUGUAUUUGUCCUUUUCUACUUUCUGGUUGUAUGUGUCAUUGUGAAAUGCUGUCACUCUCACUGGAUGAAUUUAGCAAAUUUCUUUUUUACAUAAAAUGAUGGAUGGUUGUAUGUAUGUGUGUGUUGGUGUA